GUGCAAAAGGGGCUGAAGUGAACUAACCAUAGCCGGAGCCCGGAGGCCCUCCCCCGCGUCGCAGCAGGCAGGCAAGCCCCGGGAACAUGUCCACCUCGCUCCUCCCCGCCACCUCCGGCGGGGCGCGCCUCUGCGCCUCCCGGGCUCCCCGCCCCCGCCGCCAAUGCUGCCAGACCGCCUCCGCGGCGUCCGCCCCCUCGCCGACGUUCGGUGGAAUCGGCCGCCGCGCCGUCUCCCUCGCCGGCGUCGCCUCCUGGCUCGCCACUACCGCCGGCCGGGCAGACGCGAACCCGUUCGACAAAUACGUCAAGAAGAAGAAGCUGGAGCCCUUGGAGACCUAUGUUCCGGCAGUACUGUUGACUCAGGACCAGUUUAGGGAUCUAGAGAAAUCAUUAGAAUUUGAGAAGCCAAGGUAUGAUGAGAGCAGAUCAUUACUUCGUUCUGGUCCAGCAUCUUCUCUGCGUAUCAACAUUCGAGCAGUGGCGCAGUAUGCUUCCAGCAGCGGUCAAGGCAAAGCUGCUUCUGAUGCCGUAGACGAAUGCUUACGAGCAUUGGAAGAUCUUGACUCGCUGCUACUACAAGCAUCACGGAACAACCCAUCAGCGUCUGUCGAUGUCAUGAGGAGAAAAAUCAGUGUUGCCCUUGGAGCUUUAGACAACCUCCUUCAAACCGUGCCAUCAGCAGUACUGGACAAAGGGAAGGCCAUUGCCGAUGCAUACCGGACUCCUGCAGAUGACUACGAAAUGGGCAAUGCAACAGAGUUGGAUCCAAGAUUGAAACAACUGCAGGACAUUCUUUGAUGCUGAACCCGUUAACACAUACUGAAAGUUUUGUUAAUGUGAUUGUAUUUGUGAAGAGUGAAGUGGAGCAUACAAGUUUGUACUCGCACGAUUAAAAUGCAGAGGAAAAUUCUCCCAUGCGCGAUACUUUUUAUUGCUUGCUACUCCCUCGUUUUUAUGUUAUAAGAUAAGAUGUUUCAG